AUGGCCGACAAGGAAGCAGCCUUUGAUGACGCAGUGGAAGAACGUGUGAUCAACGAGGAGUACAAAAUAUGGAAAAAGAACACUCCUUUUCUUUAUGAUUUGGUCAUGACCCAUGCUCUGGAGUGGCCCAGCCUCACCGCACAGUGGCUUCCAGAUGUAACCAGACCAGAAGGAAAAGAUUUCAGCAUUCAUCGACUUGUCCUGGGGACACACAUUUCAGAUGAACAAAACCACCUUGUAAUAGCCAGUGUGCAGCUCCCUAAUGAUGAUGCUCAGUUUGAUGCAUCACACUACGACAGUGAGAAAGGAGAAUUUGGAGGUUUUGGCGCAAUUAGUGGAAAAAUUGAAAUAGAAAUCAAGAUCAACCAUGAAGGAGAAGUGAACAGGGCCCGUUAUAUGCCCCAGAACCCUUGCAUCAUUGCAACAAAGACUCCAUCCAGUGAUGUUCUUGUUUUUGACUACACGAAACACCCUUCUAAACCAGACCCUUCUGGAGAGUGCAACCCAGACUUGUGUCUCCGUGGACAUCAGAAAGAAGGCUAUGGGCUUUCUUGGAACCCAAAUCUCAGGGGGCACUUACUUAGUGCUUCAGAUGACCAUACCAUCUGCUUAUGGGACAUCAGUGCCGUUCCAAAGGAAGGAAAAGUGGUAGAUGCAAAGACCAUCUUUACAGGGCACACAGCUGUAGUAGAGGAUGUUUCCUGGCAUCUACUCCAUGAGUCUCUGUUUGGGUCAGUUGCUGAUGAUCAGAAGCUUAUGACCUGGGAUACUCGUUCAAACAAUACUUCCAAACCAAGCCACUCAGUUGAUGCUCACACUGCUGAAGUGAACUGCCUCUCUUUCAAUCCUUACAGUGAGUUCAUUCUUGCCACAGGAUCAGCUGACAAGACUGUUGCCUUGUGGGAUCAGAGAAAUCUGAAACUCAAGUUGCAUUCCUUUGAAUCACAUAAGGAUGAAAUAGUCCAGGUUCAGUGGUCACCGCACAAUGAAACUAUUUUGGCUUCCAGUGGCACGGAUCGUAGACUGAAUGUCUGGGAUUUAAGUAAAAUUGGAGAGGAACAAUCGCCAGAAGAUGCAGAAGAUGGGCCACCAGAGUUGUUGUUUAUUCAUGGUGGUCACACUGCCAAGAUAUCUGAUUUCUCCUGGAAUCCCAAUGAACCUUGGGUGAUUUGUUCUGUAUCAGAAGACAAUAUCAUGCAAGUGUGGCAGAUGGCAGAGAACAUUUAUAAUGAUGAAGACCCUGAAGGAAGUGUGGAUCCAGAAGGACAAGGAUCCUAGAUAUGUCUGCACUUGUGAUUUUAAACUCCCCUUUUUUCCCUCUCAAUCCUGAGAUUGAUUUAACACUGGUUUUGAGACACA